GUCCAAACGUCGGUUGUUGAUAAAGACGGAAGAAUCUUCGUCGAAACGUCGCUUGUUUAUAAAGACGGAAGAAUCUUCGUCCAAACAUCACUUAUUGAUAAAGACGGAAGAAUCUUCGUCGAAACGUCGCUUGUUUAUAAAGACGGAAGAAUCUUCGUCCAAACAUCACUUGUUUAUAAAGACGGAAGAAUCUUCGUCCAAACAUCACUUGUUUAUAAAGACGGAAGAAUCUUUGUCCAAACAUCACUUGUUGAUAAAGACGGAAGAAGACUAAAAUCUAAUAAAAAAAUGAAACGAAAGUUAAGAACACAAGUUAUAUGGAUAUACUAA